UGUGAAUUGCGCUCGGCUUCACUUUUUCAUCGGACAAGGGGUGAAAGGAAAACUGGCAAUCUUUAAGCUCAUGACAUCCAGUCCUGUCAGAACAAGCACACUGCCGACCCUAGUGUACGUGCAGUGACUUGUGCAAGGAUACAUGUAACAGUGCUUGCCGUAAACUUCAUGGAAUCGACCGGCUUCGACGAGUCUUUCAUGACGCCAUACCUCGAUACAGGCUCGGUGAAUGCCGAAGAAUACGAGGCCCUAUACCUACAGUCAGUAUACCGCUUGGACACCCUGGACCGUGCCUGCAACGAAAUGCGCUUUCUGCUUCGUGACAUGGAAAUGACAGAGCAACGACUACGCGAGCUGUACCACAAGCAUUCCAACCUCACCAAGCAGAUAAACAGUGCCCAGAUUGAUCUCGAUAAAGUCGACGAGAGGCAGCGAAAGUGCAACUUAGUUGUGUUCGGUCUUCCGGAGUCCGAACAGGAUCCACAGUGGUGUGGUGAGCUUGUGCUUAAGCUCGUCAACAACCUCCUCAACUUCCCUCUUACUUUGGAUCAGAUCGUGAGCGCGUAUAGACUAAAAUCUGCUUCCAAACCCAGGCCUAUUUUGGUAAAGCUCAGUGGAGAGCCGAAGAAGUGGGAAGUGCUCAAUGCCAGUGGCAAGCUUAAGGGAACGGGCAUCGGGAUACGCGAGGACUUUUCCUAUACUGUACGUCAGCAACGCCGACUGCUCGUCAAGAAAAUGCACGAGGAGCGGCGCGCCGGCCGCAGGGCAUGCCUGGAUAGUGACACUCUGAAAGUAGAGGGCCGCGUGUAUGUGUGCGACAAGUACUGCGAGAACGUGGUUGAGGUGUCUGAUAAUGGCGUGCGAGUUGAGGGCGUUUGCGGGACCAAGGGAGGCUUAGCUUCUGCGCUGAAGCUAGACGCUCAGUGCCUUAGUAGCAGCUGGCUGGAGAAACACUCUGAGAUCAUAUCGGAGAAGAUAAAGAUUCUCAACGGUAACUGUAGUUGAGCUCAAAGUGCUGAUUUGUCACCCUUGAAGGAUAUUUGUGGUAGUUUAUUGAUGAUAGUUACUGAUGAUCAUGUCACCGGUAGUGACUGCUGUAGUUAAACAUAAUCUCCACAAGAGUAAUCGAGGUCAUUUAUUUAUUGAAAAUUUUCGAGCUGCUUUUUCGCACAUCCUUGUCUUGUUCUAAAUUCGACAUAUCGACAUAAUAAACUUGAA